AUGGACACAGAACGAGAGGCUAGUGGCGAGAGGGAGGCGGCCGAGGGAAACACAGCUGGGCUCAGCCCAGGGGCAGGGUUGAAAAGAGCAAUCCGUUGUGACAAAGAGUCACCGUGCUCAAAUUGUAGGACAGCAAACCGGUCAUGCAGCUCGUCCGGAGUAGGCCAGAAGCCCAAGGAACAACGACAGCGAGUUCUCAUCUCCGCGCAAUAUGAGCGCAAGAUUGACCACUUCGGAACCCGGCUCACCGGCAUCGAAAAGAUGCUUCGUGAGCUAGUGGUCAUCUCGCAAUCCCGCAGCCCAUCGUCUGAAUCCUCUCUCGCUGGUGCCGGCGCCAACAACAACAACAACAACAAUGCUUCUCCCUCCAGCGAACCCCCGGUGGCUAUCAUUAGCGACAUAGUCGGCGAUCCCGACCGGGGCGAGAUACCCCUUGACGGCGAUGGUGACAACGACGACGAGAUGGACUCGGCCUUCGAGGGCAACUCUUCCAUGACGGCCCAGACUGUCUUCGCCAGCGAGUUCCUCGAAAACGCCGUGACGCAGACGUCGCUCAGCCCAAGCAUGGAGUCGGCCCUGUCGUCCCUCCGGCAGAUUGUGUGCAUGCAGAACCGUAAGCGGACUAACCAGGACUCGAGGUUUCCUAACGCGAAGCCGAUGCCUAGGGGCGGCAUGCAUGAGCUGCCAGAAACAUUCACAUUGAUGUGCACAUUCAUCGCGGUAGAUGACUUUGUCGACUGCUGUCGCAGGGUAUACUUCGCUACCGAGGAUUACAGCUUGGCGACCUUCAUCGUCGUCAAUGCCGGUCUGUUCUACCUCUUCCAAGAGAAGGCCACUAGGGCGGACGAGGCUCAUCAGGCCGAAAAGCUGCUCGAAUACCGUAACCUGUGCCGAGACAAUCUCGAGACGGCCCUGAUGGCAUUACCUCUGUUCAUGCCGGCAAGAAAGGAGAGUAUCGAAGCAUUGUUGCUCGCUGCUUCCUACGCCGUCGAAGCCUCUCGCUUCACCCUCGCCUGGCAACUCAACUCCUCAGCAGUCAUGAUCUGCCAAACCCUUGGCUACCACCGCCUUCCCACCACCAUCUCGGGCGCUUCCGCCAACGACGACGUCUCCAACGACACCAAGUCCGCGCUCUUCUGGUUCGCCUAUAUGCUAGACAAGGGCCUCUCCCUCCGCUUCGGCCGCUCCUCCAUGAUCCAAGACUACGACAUCGCCAUCCCAAAACGCAUGGGUCGGACCAUCAACGUCGCCGACUUUUGGAAGGAGAUGCUCAACCUGUGGAUCGAGCACGCCGAGGUCAUGGGCAAAGCAUACGAGCAGCUGUACUCCAUCGCGGCGCUGUCGCGACCACCCGAACAGCGUAUCGAGAGCGCGCGCCAGCUGGUCGAGGCCAUCAAAGGGAUAGCGAGGGAAAACGACGAGCUGAUCCGCCAUGCGCGCGAGACGGGCAAACUUGCUGAUUCCGGAAAGAGGGAUGGGUUCACGGUGACACUGAUGCUGCGGUCGGACGAGGUCACGUACUGGGCAUCGCUGUGUCUGAUAUACCGCGCCAUUCCUGCCGCUCCUGGGUUCGGUAGCACCUUCAACCCGGAGUGCAUCGAAGCGGCGCGGCGAGCUGUCGAGGUCCAUUUGGAAUGCAUGCAGAUUCCUGGGUUGAGCCAUUUCACAAAGGUUGGGUAUCUUCACUGGACGAUUCUUUACGCCCCGUUCAUUCCCUUCAUCGUCCUUUUCUGCCAUGUCAUUGAGACAUCCAACAUGCAGGAUCUCGACCGCAUGGAUCACUUUGUGGCCUCCCUCUCCACCGUCUGCAGCAUAUCCGAGGCUAUCGACAAGUUCAAUCGCGUCUGUCAGGUCCUCUGCCACGUCGCACGCCUCUACGUCGAGACCAAGGCACAGCAACAGCAGGACCAAGACAUGAUGCUGGUCGGUCAUGAUUUUGACAUGUACCUCAGUCAGCUCGGGUUCAUGCCUCAGCAACUCCUCCAUGAUCAGCAGCAACAGCAACCGCAUGCAACCUCCUGUUCGAACGCUGCCCAUCAGCAGCGACAACACCAACAUGGCGGCAUGGCGGCACCAGGCGCUGCUACUGUCGUCACACCCAGUGUCUUCAAUGCAGAUGUGCCCGCUGGCCUUAUCGAUGCGACGCAAACAGCGCAGCUUGGAAACUGGUUUUCUGGCCAUCGGCAUAUCAUGAACUUGGUGGAGGAGGAUUUAUCGGGGUUUGAGCCGAGGAUUUGGACGACUAUGACCGGGGGUCCUUAA